GCCGCACUGCAUUGCAGCCUGCUAGGGUUUUUUCAUAGUUCUGUGCUUUGUUCACCUCACACCAGACGUCGCUCCUAUUUAAGGUCGCCUGCUAGGGUUAGAGUUGCCACGCCGAGUCGCCGAUCAGACGCAGCGGAAGAAAUGGCGGUUCCACUGCUUGCGAAGAAGAUCGUGAAGAAGCGCGUCAAGAAAUUCAAGAGGCCCCAAAGUGACCGCAAGAUCUGCGUGAAGACAAAUUGGCGCAGACCGAAGGGUAUUGAUUCUCGCGUAAGAAGAAAGUUUAAAGGAUGUACCUUGAUGCCAAAUAUCGGGUAUGGUACCGACAAAAAGACACGCCACUACUUGCCAAACCGAUUCAAGAAAUUUGUGGUCCACAAUGUUGCUGAUUUGGAGUUGCUGAUGAUGCACAACAGAACCUACUGCGCCGAAAUUGCUCAUGAUGUAUCUACAAGGAAGCGCAAGUUGAUUGUUGAGCGAGCUGCACAACUUGACAUUGUUGUGACCAACAAGCUUGCGAGGUUGCGCACCCAAGAAGAUGAGUGACCUGACUGUUACUGUCGUAGGGAUAUCCUUCUCUUCAAGUUGGCUUCGUAUAUCUUUAGUUUGCUAUUUGUGAUUUCAACUUAGCCUGUUUGAGAUUACCUUCUUAAUUUGAUGAAGACUGAAAGUUUAGUAAGGAAGUUUCGUUGCUUGUACCUUAAAACAUGUUUUAAGAUGGUUUGUUUCUUGAUCUA